CCAGAAGAUGUGACUUCAUCCAUUAAAUUCCAUCCAAGCAAUCCAAACUUAUUACUCACAUCAUCAUGGGAUAAAACAGUCAAACUGUUUAACUUAUCAACCGAUCAUCAUUCGAUAGAUCCGAUUUAUGUUUAUCCACAUCCAUCACCUAUCUUAGAUAUCAGUUUUGGUUCAGGUAGGAAUGAAGGAAAAGCUUUUACAGGUAGUCUUGAUCGAGGGAUUAGAGAAAUCGAUUUAGAAAACAGUCCUAGUAGUGCUAGUAGUCAUUCGAGACCUAAUCGAGUGAUUUCAACUCAUCAAGACGCGGUGAAAUGUGUACAUUAUUCUACUCAGUUUGAUAUUCUGAUCACCGGAUCAUGGGAUCGUUCAGUGAUCCUUCAAGACCCUCGACUAUUCUCCUCCUCCUCCUCCUCCUCAUCAUCUUCUUCAUCUAAUUUAGUUUUACCAAACUUACCAUCCAAAGUUUAUUCUUUAGAUACAUCUGAAAAUAAAUUAGUAGUAGCUAUGGGAAAUCGAAAGAUAUGGAUUUGGGAUUUAAGAAAGUUAAAUCAAGUGGUAGAAAGAGUGGGAGAAGUUUAUCAAAAAGAAAGAGAAUCUUCUUUAAAGUUUAUGACUCGAUCUAUUAAAUGUAUGCCGAAUGGUCAAGGUUAUACUUCUACUUCGAUUGAAGGAAGAGUAGCAGUUGAAUUUUUUGAUACUUCAACUGAAAUCCAAUCCAAGAAAUAUGCAUUUAAAUGUCAUCGACAAAUGAUUGAUAAAGUAGAUACGAUUUAUCCUGUGAAUGCAUUAGCCUUUCAUCCUCAAUUCGGAACAUUUGCUACCGGUGGUGGUGAUUCAAUGGUUUCGAUUUGGGAUUCAGCAGCCAAGAAACGUUUAAGACAGUUACCUAAAUAUCCUGCUUCGAUCUCAAGUUUAGCAUUUAAUUGUGAUGGAACUAAAUUAGCUAUCGGUUGUUCUUUAAUUGACGAAGAAGGUACUGUACCAUCUAAAGCAGAUGGAAAUGAAAAUCCAUUAGAUGAAACGGCUACUGCUAAUCUUCCUAGGAAUGCAAUCUUUAUUAGAAGUGUGGUGGAUGAUUGUAAAGUAAGUUUGUCUUCAUUUAAUUGA